AUGAAAUGCCGGCAAGGCGGCCAACCGGCUUCUAAAUGCGAGCGAUGCGCGCGGAAGUCUCUCGACUGCGUGUUUCAGCAGCACCGUAGAGGCCGCAAGCCUGGGACAAAGAUCGCCAAGCGAAACGUGCCGGCUGCACAUUCGGCUGUGAGGAUGACGCCGGAAUACACCGGCGGCCCUCCAUCCAUUGCAGAGAGUGUGCCAGCUGAAGAGCCUGGCAACUUGCAGCCGUCGGGAGUGCUCAACCAAGAAGCAAUGCGAGGCAAGUUCUCGCUCCGCCGAAUACUCAGCACCGCGGAUGGCGAUGCUAUGGAACCGCCUGAAGCCUCUCGUCCUAGCCGACCAGAAGACCCAAUUGAGAUGGGCAUCAGCAACCUCUCCAUUGCCAAAUCCCUUUUCGAAAACUUCAUUCUUGUCCUAAAUCCAUACAUAAGCCAGCUGGAUCCCCAUCUGCACACUUUCUUCUACGUCCGCCAAAAGUCAUCCUUUCUAUUCACAGCUAUUCUUGCAAUGUCUGCAAAGACGCUCAACCCCAUUGUAUACAAUGCGCUGUAUGACCAUGCGCAAGACCUUUACACCGACAGCUUUCGGAAUGGCCUCAAGUCAACGGAGAUUGUCCAGGCCAUUCUCAUUCUCACCUAUUGGAAGCAGCCACAAGAUACGCGAGCGUGGACAUCGAUAGGAUAUGCCAUUCGCAUGUGUAUGGACAUGGGAUGGCACAAGUUGGCGCCUUACUCCGCAUCCAGUCAGGCCAUUGUGGACGAGGUAAGACGGCGCGAGAUUCGCAAUAUCGAGAGAACGUGGUAUGUGCUGUUUGUAUAUGAUCGAAGUAUCAGUCUUCAAACCGGGAGGCCGUGGAUGAUUGAGCGCAAUGAAUUCAUCGAGUCAAUCGACGCAUGGUGUAGUGAUGCCAUCGCGGACCGAAACGACGAUUUGCUUGGUGCCUUUGUCAAUUUGAGACUGAUGACCUCUUCAAUCUUUUCUCUACAUGCUCCCAGGCAUCAGCGAAAUGAAAGAGUACCAAUGGAGUAUAUGGAGACUUUGCUUUCGCUUAAGAAAGCCAGCAUCGAGAGAUGGGAGAGCCACUGGACCCAAGAGGUGGAACGGAAGCAGUCGUCAGAGGAAGGGACGUGCCACAAGUUUCUCAUCCGGUUCUAUGGUACACAUUUUCGGUUGCAGCUCUUCUCGUUGCCUCUACAAGACGUGCUGUCGUCGGAAUGCUCAGAUUCAUCCCUUCAUUUGGACAUCAUCUGGGCCGCAUUCACAGGUGCAAUGGACAUGUUGAAGCUGAUAUCGCGGCAUUCGGCGCAGCUGUAUUUUGCUCAAGACUCGAUCCACGUCAUGACCGCCUAUAGCGCAGCUUUUCUUCUUCUCCUAUCUGCCCCCGAUGAAAUAGUCCAAGAAGUUGAGUCCUCAACAGUAGAUGUCAUUCGUGAUGCCGCUCAAGCCUUCUCUCACCAGGCAUCAGCUGCAGGGACAAGUUGCGAACUGCAAGCACGAUUUCUCCAUAACAUUGCAGCAAAGCUCUCUCGGAGGAGUAGGAAGGAAAGCGCCGCAAUGCCGACAAAGAUCUCGGGAUUGAAUCGACAUGUACCCCGGGAUCAAAAGGACGCGGCGCCAGCCGAGCUUCCCUUCCUACCACCAGAAGUCAUUCCAAUCAUGCCCCCGCCUCUUGAGCAACCUCUCCCUGAGGUUUUCAUCUUUCAGCAUACUGACCUAGAUCCAUUAUUCAUGGAUGACGGCGCAUGGGCUGAUAUCUUGGCAAGUGCCGCUCUCAACACUCAAAAUGGUGUAUUAUUGGCGUGA